GUCCUGCUGCUCGGGGUCGUCGUCGCCCUCCUGCCGAGCGCCCGCGCCGAGCCGGGUAUCAGGCGACAGCAUAUCAAUGAUGCUCCUUCUACAGGAUCUUUUCCUAACUGGAGAUCUAUACUAUCACCAACACGGCCUUCCACAGAAACUAAGACUUCCUCAGUAGCUGAUAUUUCUAUGGGGCAGACUUUGGAGAAUGCAGACUUGCUUCAGAUGAUAAAAACCACGCUGACUGGCACACGUACCAGGACUUUGGAUCAAAUGCAUCUGUUGCCCACUCUGUAUCAAGGCAGUGGAAACAGUGCAUCCCAGGAACCCGCUGAAGUUUCGGCCGAGUCGCCUCUGAGAUCAUCAUCUCAAGAUGCAGACGAAACAGGUUUGCCUCAACUUGUGUUAUCUGGAAUAUCUUCUGGUGCAAUACCUACAGUAGGAACUUCAGAAGCAAAACCACUAACAAGAAAAUCAUCUCCAGCUUCACCAGUGCCAGCUUCUUCCUUCUUUUCUCUAGGCACUGAAAACACACCUUUGCCAUCUGUGAUGGCUUUAAGCACACCGACACUGACCCUAACAAAAAAUAACACUGCCACAAAAUUGACAUCGGACCUAAGCUCAGUAGGAACACGUGCAGAUUUUCCUUUUGCAACGAGAAACACAACUGCAUCACCUGUGGACGUGACAGCCAUGCUCAUAACCCCUAAAAGCAGCACGGUCACAGCCUCCACACUCGCACCCACAACCCACGUACCAAGGCAGAUAGAAACCACAGUAACUGACACCCAGAAGUUCCCGAGCUCAGACAUCACCAAAACGUCAACCCCCUACCCACUGACAAUUACAGCAGCUUUGACAUCUAUUACAGCAUCAGCGAAAACAACUAGGCUUCCCCCUACUCCAGUGGAAAACUCCUCUGCUCCCUCUGAAACCACAGCAGCAGCGGCUUUCGCUAACAUGACAGCAGCUCCCCCCCUGGACUGCCGGCUCUCCGACAACCUUAUGGUUAAAACAGUUCUGUUUCUGAACACAAGGAGGAUGAUGAUCAGCAAUGCCUUCAGGGAGAUGGUGAGAAAAGGACUCAACCAAGUGCUGAGACAAGCGUUCAACCAAAACGUCAGUGCUCAGGUUGAAAUCCUGGAGCAAUCGAGUAACCUAACAGUUGGUUACUACGUUACACGGGGGAGGCUGGUUUUCAUCCCAGCUGCUGUCAUCGAAAGGCUCCUCGCGUACGGCAUCAGCAACGCCACGGCAGACAUCAAGCAGCACGUGCCACAUCUCCAGGCCGUGGUGGCCCUGGCCUUGCCGUGGAAGCCCCUUCCCGCGUACCACUUCCAGCUGAAAACAGAGCUGCAGUUUGUGGGUCAAACAGACAAUAUUCAGUCAUGCAAAUUUAUUCAGACCAUGGAACAGCGACUACAGAGAGCAUUUCAGGAUGCUGAAAGAAAGGUCCUGAACACCAGCAACAACUUAACAGUUCAGAUUUUGAACACUUCCAAUGUCUCCCAAGCUGUCACUCUGUUUUACGUAGUGAACAAUCGAAGCACAACUCUAAAUGGCACUAUUUCCAGCAACCUUCUUAAUCAGCUGUCAGCUGAGCUGGUGGGUUUCUACCUCACCUACCCACCUCUCACCAUUGCUGAAUCUUUGGAAUAUCCAAACCUUGAUGUCUCGGAGUCAACUAGAGACUACUGGGUGAUAACAGUUAUUCAAGGGGUCGAUAUGGCCUUGCUGGGGCUGAACAACCAGAGCUUUGCCCGACUGAUGGAGCAGCGCUUGGCCCCGCUGUUCAUGAUGUCCCACCAGCAAGGGAGGCGAUUCAAACGUGCCACCACCGUGGGCAGCUACACUGUGCAGAUGGUAAAAAUUCAACGUAUCCCAGGCCCCAAGGAGCCGGCUGAACUGACGUAUUACACUUUAUACAACGGGAAGCCUUUGCUGGGCACUGCAGCUGCCAAAAUUUUGAGCACCGUUGACUCCCAGCGCAUGGCCUUGACCCUGGGCUAUGUCAUCCAAGUCCAAGCUGAUCCCGUGGUGAAGAACCCCCCAAACAACCUGUGGAUCAUUGCAGCGGUGCUGGCUCCCAUUGCUGUGGUCACAGUCAUCAUCAUCAUCAUCACAGCAGUGCUGUGCAGGAAGAACAAGAACGACUUCAAGCCGGACACCAUGAUGAACCUGCCUCAGAGAGCGAAGCCAGUACAAGGCUUUGACUAUGCCAAGCAACACUUGGGUCAGCAGGGAGCAGAAGAUGAAGUUUUACCUGUAACUCAGGAGACUGUCAUACUUCCACUUCCAGUCAGAGAUGCUCCUGCCUCCCAGGAGAGAGAAAUUACCCAGGAUGGGAGCACCAUCAAAACUGCCAAAUCCAAUGAAACAAGGAAAAGCCGGUCCCCAAGUCAGAAUGGCUCCAUCAUCAGCAAUGGGUCGGGAAAGCCCAGCUCUGGACGGAGCUCCCUCCAGAAAGUGAUGGCACCUCAAAAAGUGACAAAAGAGGAAGGAAGGAAAAGAAAUGUGCCCAUGAGCGAUGAAGAGGAAGGAGGCAUUCUCUUUGAUAACAUUGCCAAAUCCACCAUUGACCCCUUUGACACCUCUUCUGGAUCAGUACAGCUCAUAGCCAUCAAACCUGUGGCCCUGCCUGCUGUUCAUGCUGCAUCAGAGAGGAGCCAGGAAUCUGCCAUCAUUAAUGGAGAGGUGAACAAGGCUUUGAAGCAGAAGUCCGAUAUAGAACAUUACCGCAACAAGCUGCGCUUGAAAGCCAAGAGGAAGGGCUACUAUGACUUCCCGCAGGUUGAUAACAACAAGGGGCUGACAGACAGAAAAAGGAUGUACGAAAAAAACCAGAAAGAACUUGACCACAUUUUGGAUCCAGAUGCAGAUGUCUCAUCUCCAUUUGCAGAGCCUAAGAACAGGCAGCCACUGAAGAACUCGGUGUACAGGAGCAGGCAGUCUCUGAACAGUCCUAGCCCAGGAGAAACUGAGAUGGAUCUUCUCGUGACCCGAGAAAGGCCUAGGCGUGGAAUCCGUAACAGUGGAUACGAUACCGAGCCCGAAAUUAUAGAAGAAACAAAUGUUGACCGUGUCAACGAGCCUCGGAAUUACAGCAGGUCCCGUCAGGCCAAAGGCCACUCGGAGACCUCAACUUUAAGUUCUCAGCCCUCCAUUGACGAGGUUCGGCAGCAGAUGCACAUGCUCUUGGAGGAGGCCUUCAGCCUGGCCUCUGCAGGCCAUGGGGGCCAGAGCAGGCAGGACUCGUACGGCUCGGCUCCACACCUGCCCUACUCGGAGGUUGUGACCAGCGCGCCGGGCACCAUGACCCGGCCUAGAGCGGGGGUACAGUGGGUACCCACGUACAGACCAGAAAUGUAUCAGUACAGCUUACCAAGACCAGCUUAUAGAUUUUCUCAGCUUCCUGAGAUGGUAAUGGGUUCUCCUCCCCCUCCUGUCCCUCCCAGGACGGGUCCUGUGGCUGUUGCCUCUCUCAGGAGGUCUACGUCAGAUAUUGGCAGCAAAGUGAGAAUACCUGAGUCCAGUGGAGCAGAUCAGGCCCAACAUCAUGAUCAGACAGCUUUUGCACCUGGUUCAAGAGCUCCAAUGUCUGUUGGUCCACUUGAUCAAUCAGCUUUUCACUCAGGAAAUACGGUACCAGCAGUGUUUGCCAUACCAGCAGCAAACCGACCUGGCUUCACGGGCUAUUUCAUCCCGACACCACCCACCGCAUACAGGAACCAGGCCUGGAUGCCCUAUGCUGGAGAGAGUGAGCUGCCAGGGCAGUGGGCAGACUCUGUUCCACUUCCUGGGUACAUCGAGGCUUAUCCGAGGCCCCGCUACCAACACAGCUCCCCGUCACGCCUCCCUCGGCAGUACAGCCAGCAGGCAGGCAUACAUCCCAGCCUGGAACAGGCUCCUCUGCCAUCCACAGCAGCUUCCCAGCAGAGCCUGACGGAAAACGACCCCUCUGAUGCGCCUCUCACCAACAUUUCCACGGCUGCCCUCGUAAAGGCAAUAAGAGAAGAAGUGGCCAAACUGGCCAAGAAGCAAACCGAUAUGUUUGAGUUCCAAGUCUAAUGUCUUUUGUGCACAGUAUUUGUACCUUGCAACCUGGGGUAGCCAAGGAAGUGACUGCUUUAAUUUUCAGUUACAAACUUGCUGCGAAUUGCGCCGAAGUGAUGGCAUUUUAAUCUGUCUGAAAAGUUAACGCUAUGAAAUGACUUAGAGUAGAGCAACAGGACUCUGAAGAUAUGUAAUCCUGCUUGCCAGCUAAGGAAACGCUGCCAGGAAGCUGUUUCGUGUGGAUAAGAUUGACCAUAUGCAAUUGUUUGUCACUUGUAUUAUGAGCCAUCAUCACCAGAGAUGCUGCUGAACAUGUCUGCUCCACACGAUGUCUCAUUUGCAGGCCCAAAGGCAGAGCUGCUGAAAAUAACUUCUGCAUGUCAAAGCUUUGAUUAAAGAAGAAAAUGCCACAGAACGUGGUUGGCUAAAGGCCACGGUCGGUGUGGUGGUGGCCAUGGUAAUUGUUUGCUGCAGGACAUGGUAUGAGGGAUGCUGAUCUCAGCUAUGGGGAGUCAUUCAGCCUUUUCAUUCCAGAGACUGCAUUCAAAGCAAAAGAAUUCAAGAUGAGUAAGUAAUACAAAUAAAUGUCCUGUAAAUAGCUCCGAUUCUCUUCGUCCUAUUAACAGUACAAAGAAGUGAAACAAGAGAGGGCUGUGAAGAAGGUGAAUGAUAUUUUGAUAAUUGGUGGCUACCAUGUCCAUCAGUGCCACCUCUUAGUUAUGGAGGAGACUUUUUUCAGUGUGAGAGAAUACAGUGCACAAAGGGCCAACAAAGGAUAUUGGUGCUAAAAGCUUCCAAGAGAAAUGAAAAAAGGUUAUUCGCGUUUGCUCUAUAAUCAGACUUUUCACUCUGAAUGCAUGUGAAGCUGGUAAACCUGAGACCUUUAACUUUUUCCAACCUGGAAAAAAUGAAUACACCUGCUUGGACAAGAAAACCUCUGUUCAACACAGUUCUUUUUUUCUCUUUCUUAAACAAUGCUAUCUACUAAAGUGAUGCCAGAAAGUGCUACCCGAAGCUGCAGUUGAUGACACUGGAACAGUGAAUGCGCACCUAGGAAGUUCUGAAUGUAGAGGACCUAAUUAUUAUAUUAACAUGUAAAUAAUUUAACAGUUACAUGGGUUAACAAAAAUACUAAUGUUCUGUGAAAAAGAGAGCAUUGCCAGAAAUUAUGCUGACUUUAUAUUGUGCAAGAUAAAGGUCACUGAUUGUUAAACUGCAUUGUGGUAUGAAUCCAAUCCCAAAAGAAUAUCAAACCAGUUGAAUGGGACAGUAGUUAAUAUUUUGCAGUUGUACAAACUAGUUGGAGAUCAUGAAAAAUUGUUUUCAGUUCCUUCAGCAGUUUAGCUUUGGGAACUGAAGAUGUUGCAAAAUUUGUUGUGUUGGGCGUGUUUGAUGUCAACUGGAAUUAAAGGUAAUGUCCUUCAUUUCAGUAAGUUAUUUAGUUAUUCUCAAUUACUAUUUUGUCUGAUCAUUUCAUUUCCCUGAGUUUCUUUGGUCUUUACUGAUGUGAGGAAGGGAACUUGGUUUAGCUUUUUGGCCACCAGUAAAUUGAAAGAAGGAGAGAGAAGACUAGAAUACAGGAUAGAAGCAGAAAUUUGAUAAAGCACAAACCCUUACU